AUGGGUCUAAAUAAUCCAAUUCCAAGAAGUUUAAAAUCAGAAACAAAAAAAGCUGCUAAAGUCUUGGCAAGUUUCGUCAAACCUAACCAAGUGUUCGGUGCCGACCAAGUCAUCCCACCCCAUGUAUUGAGGAAGGCAAAAGGUUUGGCAAUCAUCACUGUGCUCAAAGCUGGGUUUUUGUUCUCUGGUAGAGCGGGUUCUGGUGUCAUAGUGGCAAGAUUACCAGACGGUUCUUGGUCUGCUCCUUCUGCAAUCGGUUUGGCCGGUGGUGGUGCCGGUGGUAUGGUCGGUGUAGAAUUGACAGAUUUCGUCUUCAUUCUAAAUACUAAGGACGCCGUCAAGUCUUUCUCAGAAUUCGGUACAAUUACUUUAGGUGGUAACGUCUCCGUCUCAGCAGGUCCACUAGGUAGAACUGCUGAAUACGCUGCAACUGCCUCUACCGGUGCCAUUUCAUCGGUCUAUUCUUAUUCUAAAAGUAAAGGUCUAUUUGCAGGUGUAUCACUUGAAGGUUCCGUCAUUAUUGAAAGAAGAGAGGCUAAUAGAAAGUUUUAUGGUAAUAAAUGUACAACUAAAAUGAUUCUUUCCGGUAGAAUUAGAGCACCUCCUCAUGCUGACCCAUUAUUCCGUGUUCUAGAAUCCAGAGCUUUUGGGUUUGACCAACGUGGUGAUGACCGCUACGAUGACGAUUUCGAUGAAGGUAGUGAAUUCUAUAAUGACAUCCCAGAUUCCUUCGGUACAAAUGACGAUUCUUAUUCCUACAGAGAUAGAGAUCAAUCCAGUUAUUCAAGAAGAUCUAGAGGUGGCUCUCGUGGCGGCCGUGGUGGUUAUGAUGAUUUUGAUGAUGAUUUCGACAGUUUUGACGAUGGCAGAAGAAGACAAACUAGAGAUGAUGAUUAUUAUUCAGAUGAUAGAGAAGGAUCAGAUGCAAGAGACUAUUAUGCUAGUCAACGAAGAUCAUCAAAUAGGCGUAGUGCUCCAAGGACAAACACCAGAUGGGAAGAUGAGGUCUAUGAUCGUGAUUACGAUCGUGACAGCAGUAGCCGUAACCGUGAUGUAGAUGACUUAUCAAACAGAUUUUCCAAAAGCAGAAUUUCUCAAAAUCGUGAUCGCGAUUCUCAUUCUAGACCAGCUGCUGAAAAACCAAGCUUUGGUGGUACACGCCAAUCUUCUUCAACUCCAAAAGCAAUUGCCUUAUAUAGUUUUGCCGGUGAAGAAUCUGGAGAUCUAAGAUUUAAGAAAGGUGAUGUAAUUACAAUUCUGAAAAAAUCCGAUUCUCAGGACGAUUGGUGGACUGGUAGAGUAAAUACUAGUGAAGGUAUAUUCCCUGCCAAUUAUGUUGAGUUGGUUUAG